UUGGCCGCCAGGACAGAGUCCGUGUUUGCUGAGACUCUGCGCCUUCACGCAGCCUUGGCAACUGCUGGCGCUUCAGCCCAGUUCGUGGGAAGAGGUCGGUACUGGGCGGAUAUCUCUGACACCGUCAUCUCGGGGACCUUCCGGCAGUGGAAAGAGGGAACCACCAGAAGUGAGAUCUACUAUCCAGGGGACACCAUCGUGCACCAGGCGGGAGAGGCCACGUCCGUGCAGUGGAGUGCGGGCACCUGGAUGGUGGAGUACGGCCGAGGCUUCAUCCCCUCCACGCUCGCCUUCGCCCUGGCUGACACCCUCUUCAGCACUCAGGACUUUGUCACCCUCUUUUACACCCUGCGGGUCUACGCCAAGGGCCUGCUCUUGGAAGCCAAUGCCUUCUUCAGCACCAUGGCUUGCUAAGCCCGGCUCGCCGGGGUGCUCUGCAAGGCAGAGCUGGCUCCUCUUCUCCUAGCCUUCCUCCCUCCUCCUCUUCCAACUCCCCGGGACGAGGCUCUAGCAGAGGCAACAGAUCCCCUGUGCCUCUCCCCUCUCACUCUGUCCUUUCCCGUGUGCCAGCUCAACUGAGCACUGAGCCUGUAGCACCCUGUGCAAGUGGGUGCCAGGACAGAUGGACCGUGGCAGAGUCACAGCAAUGCAGAUCACGAGUUCUCUUUC